AAACCAUACAAAUGCGACACAUGCUGCAAAUCGUUCACUCGGUCUGAUCAUUUAAGGGAUCACAUUUGGACUCAUACUGGGGAGAGACCAUAUAAAUGUGAUGUAUGCGGUAGAUUGUUUACUCAUAAUACUUGUUUAAAUAUUCACUUGAGGAUACAUUCUGGGGAGAGACCACAUGAAUGUGGUGUCUGUGGUAAAUCGUUUACUCGGAGUCCUUAUUUAAAUGUUCACAUGAGGAUACAUACCGGUGAAAAGCCCUACAGUUGUGGAGCGUGUGGCAAGUCUUUUAGUGAUCCUAAGACACUAUACAAAUGCGACAUAUGCUGCAAAUCUUUCACUCAUUUAAAGGAACACAUUAGGACUCAUACUGGGGAGAAACCAUAUAAAUGUGAUAUAUGUGGUAGAUUGUUCGCUCUUCCUUCUACUUUAAAAAUCCACGUAAGGAUACAUACCGGUGAGAAGCCCUACAGUUGUGGUGUGUGUGAUAAGUCUUUUAGUGAUCCUAGU